AUGAUCAAGUCCAACUCGAACAUGCUCUUUGCCAACUUCAACCAGGACUUUACAUGUGUGUCUGUCGGAACGCGCAAGGGCUACAGCAUCACCAACUGCGACCCCUUCGGCCGCGUAUACACAAUGAACGACGGCGCGCGCGGCACCGUCGAGAUGCUCUUCUGCACCUCCCUCAUCGCCCUCGUCGGCGCGGCCGACCAACCGUCCUCGAGUCCGCGCAAGCUGCAGAUCGUCAACACCAAGCGCCAAUCCAUGAUCUGCGAGCUCUUAUUUCCCUCGUCGAUCCUCGCGGUCAAGCUGAACAGGAAGACGCUCGUGAUUGUGCUCGAGAACGAGAUUUAUAUCUACGAUAUCUCCAACAUGCGCCUGCAGCAUGUUAUUGAGACGCCGCCCAAUCCAGAAGCAAUCGUCUCGCUCUCCCCCUCCGCCGACAACUCCUACCUCGCCUACCCCUCCCCUCUCCCAACACCCAGCACCCUCACCCCCUCUCCCACCGCACCCCCGCCCGGCGCCCCACCAGCCCCGACCGGCGACGUCGUCCUCUUCUCCACCAAAUCCCUCACCGUCACGCAGCUCAUCCGCGCACACAAAGCGCCCCUCUCCGCGCUCGUGCUCAACAGCACCGGCACCCUCCUCGCCACCUCCUCCGAGAAGGGCACCGUCAUCCGCGUCUGGAGCGUCCCCGGCGCCGAGAAGCUGUACCAGUUCCGCCGCGGCACAAGGGAAGCACGGAUAUACUCUAUGAACUUUAAUGCGGUCAGCACGUUGUUGGCGGUGUCGAGCGCGCAUGAUACGGUGCAUAUUUUUAAGUUGGGGCCGCACGGGAAUGGAUCGGGUGCGGGUGUUGGGGCGGUGGAUGGGGCUGCGAGUCCGGUGCCGAGUGUGGAUAGUCGGGAGGGCGCGGGCGCGAUGGAGGGCGGGUACGACGCGUUUAUCGACGGGAAGAAGAAGGGCGGCGUGUCGUCGAGCGUGCGGAGGCGGUCGUUAAACUUGACGAAAUCGUUAACGUCGUCCGUGGGUGGGUAUUUGCCGAACACGUUCACGGAGAUGUGGGAGCCGUCGCGCGACUUUGCGCAUCUGAAGCUGCCGACGAGCGGGGCAAAGUGUAUCGUGGCUAUCAGCGGGACGAUGCCGCAGGUGAUGGUCGUCUCGUCCGAAGGGUACUUCUACUCGUACAGCAUCGACCUCGAGAACGGCGGCGAGUGCUCGUUGAUGAAGCAGUACUCGUUACUCGACUCGGGGGACGAGCUGUCCAACGACUGA